AUGGCUCCCACAGCAAUUCCUACCCCUCAACCUGAAGAAUCCAUUAGUACAUUGGAUGGUACCAGCAUUUUCCACAAGAAGGGUGCAGACCUCCUUAACUUUGCUGUGGGAUCAACAACUGGCAAGAGCACGAUCCCCAAGAUCCUCGAUUUCAAGACAAAGGAGGAGGAACGCCAAUAUGCCAAAGAGCAUCUCGCGUGUGCGUUCCGUGUGUUUGCUGCCAACGGGUUUGACGAGGGCCUGAGCGGCCACAUGUCGCUCCGUGAUCCCGUCGAUCCAAAAACAUUCUGGAUAAACCCAUACUCCAUGCACUUUGCCGACAUCACUGUUUCGGAUCUUGUCCGGGUCACAGAGGAGGCCGAGGUUAUUGAUGGCAUCCACUCUGUCAACGCCGCCGGGUUCGCAAUUCACUCGGAAAUUCAUCAGGCCCAUCCUUGGGUAAACGCCGUCUGUCACGCCCACUCCACUGCCGGCAAAGCCUUCAGCGUUCUCGGCAAACCCGUUGCUCCCCUGAUGCAGGACGCACUCAAAUUCUACAAGAGACAAAGUAUACUCCAUGAUCAUCUAGAAUUCUGGGGGCCAGACAGCGAGGCUGCUCCCGCUCCCAUCGCAGCCGACACUGCUUCGGCUACCACUAAGCUGUCCAAGCCUAUCACGGGCCAGGAACGUGCUCAGGCCUUGAUGCGCAAUGGCCAGGACCGCCCUCUCGACGUCUUCACCUACGGCGGAUACCCCUUAUCAGGCCACCAGAGCAAGCCAGUGAAGCAGAUCCGCAUCCCCAAGUUCGCUUCGCCAGAGGCCGAGCGUGAGUGGCGCAAGCUACACCACGCUGCUGCUCUGCGCUGGCUGGGGUUGAAUGGCUACAAUAACGAGGGCGCCGGUGGCCAUGUCACUGUCCGCGAUCCGAUCCUGCCUGACCACUUCUGGAUCAACCCCCACGGAGUCUCCUUCACCCACAUGAAACCCGAAGAUCUCUGCCUCGUGAACGAGCUGGGCGAGGUGGUCGAGCCCGGGAACAUGCACGCCAUCAACCCGGCCGGCUUCUCCAUCCACGUCGCGGUCCACAAGGCUCGUCCCGAUGUCGUCGCCGCCUGCCAUUGCCACUCUGUCCCGACAAAGGCCUUUUCUGCCCUCGGCUGCACCCUCGAGCCCAUCAAUCAGGAUGCGUGCCGCUUCUACGAGGAUCAUAGCAUCUACGAGAGUUUUGGCGGUGCCGUGUUGGCCCACGAGGAAGGUCAGCGGAUCGCCAAGGCUCUUGGUAACAACAAGGCAGUCAUCCUCUCCAGCCACGGCAUCCUGACGGUCGCGAAGACGGUGGACGCCGCAACGUUCUUAUUCGGCGCGAUGGAUCGCUGCAUUCAGGCACAGCUGCUCGCGGAUGCUGCCGCGGCUGGUCGUGGGACACCCACCAUCAAGGUCAGCCACGAGGCCGCCCAGUUCACACACCGCGUGCCUACGGAUGAGAUGGAAUAUGUCAUGUUCCAAUCAUGGAUGGGAACGGCGGAGCAGUCACUCCAGGACGGCGAGGGAUAG